AUGAGGGGCUUCACUUUCGCCUCCUUGGCGACACUGUUGUCCCUGGCUUUCGCAGCCAACAAGCCCGAUGCCAAUGGCAUAUCAACUUUCGUUGACCCUGUCACGAAUCAAACAAUCCGCCGUUUCGACUGCGGGACCACACGUGCCAAAGCUUCUACGCACUUCAACGAAACCAUCCGCUUCCUCGCCCGCAAUGGCCGUCGUCCAACCGGUGUUUCGCGCCUUUUCAAACGCGCAGCCGUAACACCCGCCAUAACAGUAAACACCUACCUCCACCUCCUCACCACAACCGCCAACGCCGGAACCCUCACAACCGAAAUGGCGAACGCCCAAGUCGCCGCCUUAAACAAAGCCUACAACCCCAUCGGAAUCACCUUCAACCUCAUCAACGUCUCCACAACCGUCAACGACGCCUGGGCCAUCGCCGACGGAAACGACAUGGACGACGCGAAAAAAGCCCUCCGGAGUGGCAAAUACCGUGACCUCAACCUCUACUUCCACUCCGAUUUCGCCGGCGGCAUCCUCGGAACAUGUACCCUCCCCUCCCUCGUCACAGCCCAAACCCAGGUCUCGCAAUACUACUCCGACGGCUGCAACAUCAACGCCGCCACAAUGCCCGGCGGUUCCAUGGACGGGUAUAAUAUGGGUAUGACAGCUGUUCACGAAACGGGACAUUGGUUGGGAUUACUUCAUACGUUUGAAGGGUAUAGUUGUGAAGGUGAGGGGGAUUUGAUCAGUGAUACUCCGGCGCAGAGUACGAGUACGGAUGGGUGUCCGGUUAAGCCGCCGAAGGAUAGUUGUCCGACGAAGACGGGGGUGGAUGCGAUUCAUAAUUAUAUGGAUUAUUCGAGUGAUGAGUGUUAUAGUCAGUUUACCCCCGGGCAGGUUUCGAGGAUUCAGACGCUUUGGCAGACUUAUAGGGAGGGGUUCUGA